CGGGCCCCGCGGGGGUUUUGCCGCGGGUUUCCCCCCGCCGCCCCGCUGCGGCGAGCCCUGCGCGGGCAGGUGCGGCGGCGGGUGAGGCCGCUGCCCUGCGGCGGGUCGGCGCACGGAGGCUUCUUCAAUGGAAGUAUGUUACCAGCUGCCGGUGCUGCCGCUGGACAGGCCGGUGCCGCAGCACGUCCUCAGCCGCAGAGGGGCCAUCAGCUUCAGCUCCAGCUCCGCGCUCUUCGGCUGCCCCAACCCCCGGCAGCUCUCGCAGAGACGUGGAGCAAUUUCCUAUGACAGCUCCGACCAGACCGCGCUCUACAUUCGUAUGCUAGGAGAUGUGCGAGUAAGAAGUCGGGCAGGAUUUGAGACAGAGAGAAGAGGCUCUCAUCCAUACAUUGAUUUCCGUAUUUUUCACUCAAACUCUGAGAUCGAGGUGUCUGUGUCUGCGAGGAACGUGAGGCGCUUGCUGAGCUUCCAGAGGUACCUGCGCUCCUCCCGCUUCUUCCGCGGCAGCGCCGGCCCGCACGCCUCCAACAUCUUGGAUGAUGAUUAUAAUGGACAAGCCAAGUGCAUGCUGGAGAAGGUUGGAAAUUGGAAUUUUGAUAUUUUUCUUUUUGAUAGACUGACAAAUGGCAACAGUCUUGUCAGCUUAACCUUUCACCUGUUCAAUCUUCAUGGACUCAUUGAGCACUUCCAGCUGGACACCAUGAAACUCCGGAGGUUUUUGGUUAUGGUUCAGGAAGAUUAUCACAGUCAGAACCCCUAUCACAACGCAGUCCAUGCUGCUGAUGUGACUCAGGCCAUGCACUGUUACUUAAAAGAGCCCAAGCUUUCCAGAUCUUUAACCCCAUGGGAUGUCCUGCUCAGUUUAAUAGCAGCUGCCACACAUGAUUUGGAUCACCCAGGUGUUAACCAACCCUUCCUAAUUAAAACAAACCAUUACUUAGCAACUUUAUAUAAGAAUACCUCAGUACUGGAGAACCAUCACUGGAGAUCAGCAGUGGGCUUGCUGAGAGAGUCUGGUUUAUUUGCACACAUGUCCCUAGAGAACAGGCAGCUGAUGGAAAGCCAGAUAGGAGACCUGAUUCUUGCCACUGACAUCAGCCAGCAGAACGAGUACCUGGCCAUGUUCCGAUCCCACCUGGACAGAGGAGACCUAUGCCUGGAGAACGCCAACCACCGACACUUCAUCCUCCAGAUGGCUCUGAAGUGCGCUGAUAUCUGCAACCCCUGCCGGACGUGGGAGCUGAGCAAGCAGUGGAGUGAGAAAGUAACAGAGGAGUUCUUCCAUCAAGGAGACAUCGAAAAGAAAUACCACUUGGGUGUGAGUCCCCUCUGUGACCGGCAGACAGAAACCAUCGCCAACAUCCAGAUCGGCUUCAUGACGUACCUGGUGGAGCCUCUCUUCGGGGAGUGGGCACGCUUCUCCAACACCAGGCUCUCGCAGACCAUGCUGGGCCACCUGGGACUCAACAAGGCCAGCUGGAAGGGGGUGCAGCGGGAGCAGGCCGCCGGUGCUGCCGGCGAUGACGUGGACCCUGCCUUCGAGGAGAUGGACUCAGACUUAUUACCUCAGGAACCUCGCUUGUCCUGACCUCAACCUUCCUGACGAAACUGCCUCUUCCCUUGGUAUCUGCAGGGUUGGACGACAGGAGCCGCUCCCCAGCCCCAGGUUUUGGUCCGAAGUGAUGCCAGCAUUAUUUAUUUCCAGCUUCCCUUUUGACUCAGCCCUGCUGCCCCUGCCAGGCCAGAACCCAGAGCAAUACCCGGCCGGACUGCGCUCGGAGCCUCCAUAUGCAAAGCACAGCAGGGACUGAGCCGCGGGGGGCGGUGCCGGAGCCGCCUCUGCCUCCGGGCUUCCUCCUUUUCCCUCGGUUUCACUCGCGGGAGAAACAGAGCGAAAGGAAACGAAGGGUCUUCAGAGUCCAAGGCUGGGGUGGUUCCGCUGCCUUGGGCUGCAGCGAGGCCUGGUGAGGGCAGCCCCCUUCCUCCCAGCCCCUCUCUUGGUAGGGAAAUGUGAAGUGCCCAUCCUCUGCUGCCUCUGGCCAGACUCCAUGUUUACAACAGAACUCGGAACCUGCCGGUUCUACACUCCCAACCUUGGCUUCACGGCUGUGAAGGAACCGCUGAGGGGAAAAAAAAGACAACAAAACUGUUGGGGUCGUUGGG